UUGACUUCCCGCUCUUCUUUUCUCUUCACUACACCUUCGUCUCACUUCUCUUUAUACACGCUACGCCACCAUGACGAUCGCACCGCCGAAGGUGUCCUACGUUGAUGUUCUCGUGAUUGGCGCGGGUCCCGCAGGCGUUAUGUGCGCUAAUGGUCUGGCGCGAUAUGGUAUUGACGUCCGGAUAAUCGACAAUAAGGAUAAAGCUGUAGCGAAGGGUCAAGCAGAUGGAAUUCAACCUCGCACCAUUGAGGUUAUGCAGAGCUAUGGCCUAGCGGACCGUCUUCUGCGGGAAGCGAACCACAUAUAUUUGGCGGCGUUCUACAAUGCUGACGCACACGGCAAUCUUACGAGAACACGAAAGCAGCCAGUCAUCGGAGUCCCGGCACGAUAUCCUCACAAGGUCACCCUUCAUCAAGGGGCGAUUGAGUCGAUAUUCUUGGACUCUAUGGCAUCUUACGGAAUACACGUUGAACGGUCCACGGCGCCUGCCUCGAUAGAGAUCGUAUCAAAAUCCUCGUCUUCCAACGACUAUGCUGUCAAGGUUCAGCUCCAGCGCUCGCGCGAGAACGGCGAAAACGAGGUUGAGACCGUGCACGCAAAGUACGUCGUUGGAUGCGAUGGCGCGCAUUCUUGGACUCGCAAGGCAGUGGAGAUACCCCUCGAGGGUGACAAACUGAAUUUCGUAUGGGGCGUAUGCGACACCGUCCCGGAGACGGACUUCCCAGACAUACGAGCUCAGUGCGCCAUUCAUGGCGCUCGUUCUUCCGUGAUGCUCGUGCCCCGCGAAAAUGACAGCGUGAGAUUCUAUGUCCAACUCCCGAGCCAGUACGCCACGAGAGAAGGCAGGGUCGACCGCAGCCAGUUUAGCGUGCAGGAUGCAUUGAAGGCUGCUAAGGCUGCGAUGUACCCGUACAAAGUGGAGUGGCCCAAUGAAAUCGAAUGGUUCACCGUCUACGAAGUUGGACAAAGGGUCGCAACCAGCUUCCAGCGAGAUCACCGCGUUUUCAUAGCCGGAGACGCUUGUCAUACACAUUCGCCUAUGGCGGGACAAGGAAUGAACACCUCUAUGAAUGAUACACACAACCUGUCCUGGAAGCUGGCACACGUCCUUAGAGGAUGGGCGGACCCCUCAACACUUUCGACUUAUCAGUUUGAACGUCGCCGCAAUGCUCAAGACCUCAUCGACUUCGACCGACAAUACUCAACACUUUAUUCCGGCGCACUAUUCCGGAAGACCUCAGAAGAGCACGGUUCCGCGAGCGUUCCUGAAGAAUUCUUCAAGGCGUUCAAACUCUUCGCGGGCUUCACGUCCGGCAUUGGAAUCCAAUACCACCCAUCCACCCUAACCAACACAAGAAAUCAAUCUCUCGCUCAGAACCUCGCCAUCGGGAAGAGAAUGCCCAGUCAUUUUGUCAUCAGAGCGACCGACGGACAGCCAUUCGAGCUGCAAGACAUGUUAGUUUCUGACGCGAAGUGGAAGAUCUUGAUCUUUGCGGGCGACAUGCGAGCUGAUAUCAAGGACGAGGCACUAUCGGUAGAGGAGGAGGAGAGGAGGAAAAGGAGGGAUGGAGUGGUCGAGUGUUUCCCGAAGAUGUAUGGGGUGCUGAAGGGGUUCGUGGGUAAACAGGUUCAAGAGGCAUUUGAUUUCACCCAAAUCAGUGCGAACCACGGAGAUGUGACUCUAGGUUAUGAGAUGCUUCCACCACUCAACGGCGUCGCGGCAAAGAGACACUUCAUCGACCUACAAGAGAUCAGUGGUACUCGUGGAGGUGACGCAUACAAAACCUUCGGUAUCCGUGCUGAAGCACCCGUUGUCGUCGUCGUGCGGCCUGACGGCUACGUUGGUGCUGUAGCGCCUAUUUCAGUAGAAGGGGCAGACCAUUUGCAAGCGUAUCUCAGUGGCUUCCUCAAACGAGCAUGACACAGGAAGAUGAUAUGUGAUUUAUUGUAUGGACCGUUGAUUUGGCCUCAAUGUAUAUGUUACUGUAAUUGAAUUCGGUGCAACCUAAUCUGUGGCGGCCAAGUGGCCGCAACAUCCG